AUGCAUUCAUUGGCUGUGAUUUAUAUCAGAGAGAUACUUGGUAAUGAUGGUUCAGAAUUGGAACUUGAUUCGGAUCCACCAGUGGCAACAAGUUCACCUAGAAAAGCAGAGAUACUUGGUAAUGAUGGUUCAGAAUUGGAACUUGAUUCGAACCCACCAGUGGCAACAAGUUCACCUAGAAAAGCAGAUGGAUAUUGUUGUGAACUAUGUGGUAAACUGUAUAAAUCAAACCAAAUGCUAGUCAGGCACAUGACAAUGGCACAUAACAUUGGAAGCUAUCCUUUCAAGUGUGAUGAGUGCAAUAAAGGAUUUUUCACAAAAGCAAUGCACAAAUGUCACAUCCUGAAACAUUAUGGGCACAAGCAGUUUGAAUGUAAAAAGUGCCAGAAAGAGUUUACGCACAAGAAAGACCUAGUGGCCCAUAUGAAAGCUGUCCAUCUAAAUCAGGAACUUGAAUGCAAACAUUGUUUCAAAUUAUUCAAAUAUGAAAAGAGUCUAAGAAGACAUAUUAAAUCCAUUCAUGAAUGUAAGUCAUAUAGGUGUAUGAUAUGUGCUAAAGAUUAUAAAUAUGAAAGCAACUACAAGAGACAUCUUCGUCAGAAACAUUCUCAGUAAUGGCUAUGUUCGUUGUUGUGUG